AGAGAGAGAGAGAGAGAGAGAGAGAGAAGGAUAUUUGCAUUUGGAGAGUUGGAUGAGCGUAGUCAUGACUACGUAGGGCAUUAGGGCUGUAGAUACAGAUAGCGCUUGGUCAGAAAGAGUUCAGACAGAUCCAAAACAGGUUGAAGGUGGCCGGAGCUGGGUCUCACACAAGGUAACAGGAAGAAAAGGGCAGCUGAGUUGCACAAAGAGGAUUUAUACCUUUUCUCACUGUGGCUUCUUGAGUCUCUUCCUUAAAAUGUGUGUUGCCCGUACCUUUAAUCUCGGCACUGAGGAGGCAGAGGCAGGUGGAUCUCUGCGAGCCUAAAGCAAGCUUGGUUCAUAUAGUGAGUUCUAGGCCAGCCAGUACCACAUAGUGAGACCCUGCCUUUAAAAAAAAAUGUGUUAAUGUUUGCAGUGCCAUCUGCUCACAGCUCUUGUCCUUUAAAUCAUCUCUACUACUCACCGUACCUGAUACAUAGUGACAGCUAGGUAAGUCUGUUUUCUCCAGGAACAGUGACCAAAAAGUAAAAGAUAAAAAGUGUGUACACGUUCAGUACAGAUGUAGGGUUUUUGUUGCUGUUGUUAUUUUUUAUCUGGAAUGGGCCAACUCUUGGAGACAGAGCCCAAUGAUUUUUAGGGCUAAGUAUAUAAACUGCUGAGAAUUGUGCCAGUGAGGCCCAGGACAGGGGCCACUGGAGCCAUUCCAGUCACCAAGGGAUUCCAUUGAGGGGACUAGAUUAUAAGGCUAUCGAAAGGGUGAGAGAUUGGAAGUAUGGAAAGCCCGGCUGGGUUCUUGGCUUCAGUCACUGGAGGCCAGAAAUGCCGCAUUGCUGCUAGCACUGAGGCCCUGUGUAUUACACAUAGCCUACAGCGAGCGCAGUGCUGUGGACCAUGGGCUGCACACUGGGUGCGGACAAGAGAGAUGAGGCAGGAGGGUAGGAGGAGUGAUGCAUUUUAUUUGCGUGAUCUUUAGAAUUACAUGUCUUGAUUUUUUUUUCUUGUUUGUUUGCUUUUCAAGACAGGGUUUUUCAGUAGCUUUGGAGCCUGUUCUGGAACUCACUCCGUAGCCCAGGCUGGCCUCACACCCACAGAGAUCUGCCUCCCAAGUUCUGGGAUUAAAGGCGUGUGACACCAUGGCCCGACUACAUGUCUUGAUUUUUAAGUAGAGCCCUGUGUCUAUCCCUGUCUCUCUGUCUCCCACCCAGGACACAGGUAGAGGUGUGCUGUUUGACCGGCACAGGCCUGUUUGUCCUGGGGUUGGACAUAUGAGAGGUAGAGCCCCAAGAAGCCUUCCCAUGUGUACAGUGGGUUGGAGCAAGAUUCUACUGUAGGAGCUGGGGACAAGAAGGUGCUCCCGAAGCCUGAACUUCUGGGGAUGAAAAGUCACAUAAUAUGAUGUCUGACAAACGUCCAGUGCUGGAGCCUUCCGCCUCGGAGCCCGGGGAGUUCCAUGAAGACAGGUUAGCGCAGCUGUUGGGGACUCCAGAAAGACAGAGCCUCGAGAGUCCCCCCUCUCAGGAGAUGGCAGUGGCCCACUGGAAAAUUCAAACAGGAGAAACGGCCCAGCUGUGUAGUAAGUCAGGAAGAAACCCUGUUCUCAACUCAAACCUUCUGAUACUUCAGAGAGAGCUCCUAGAAGGGGAGGCCCGUUCUUGUGGUGUUGGUGGCAGAAGCUUCCCAUUUAAUUCAAAUGUAGUUCCACAUCCGAUUUCUCAUGCAGGGGAGAAGCCUUAUCAGUGUGAUCACUGUGGGAAAGGCUUCAGUCAAAACUCCCUCCUCACCGAACACCAGAGAGUCCACGCUGGGGACAGGCUCUCUGUGUGCAACGUGUGUGGGAAAGACCUCGUUCACUAUGCUGACCUAGUUGAGCACCAGCGUGUACACAGCGGAGAGAAGCCGUUCAAGUGUGCACAGUGUGGGAAAGCGUUUUGUCACAGUUCAGACCUGCUUCGACACCAGAGAGUCCACACCAGAGAGAGGCCUUUUGAAUGCAAAGAAUGUGGGAAGGGCUUCAGUCAGAGCUCCUUACUCAUUCGCCAUCAGAGAAUUCACACGGGUGAGAGACCCUAUGAGUGUAACGAGUGUGGGAAAUCUUUCAUUCGGAGCUCGAGCCUUAUUCGGCACUACCAGAUCCACACAGAAGUGAAACAGUAUGAAUGCAGGGAGUGUGGGAAAGCCUUCCGGCACCGUUCGGACCUCAUUGAGCACCAGAGAAUUCACACUGGAGAGAGACCCUUUGAGUGUCACGAGUGCGGGAAGGCCUUUAUUCGAAGCUCAAAGCUCAUCCAGCAUCAGAGAAUUCAUACUGGAGAACGGCCUUACGUGUGCAAUGAGUGUGGGAAGCGCUUCAGUCAGACGUCCAACUUCACUCAGCACCAGAGGAUCCACACCGGGGAAAAACUCUACGAGUGUAACGAAUGCGGCAAAGCCUUCUUUCUGAGCUCGUACCUCAUCCGACACCAGAAAAUCCACACCGGCGAGCGGGUGUACGAGUGCAAAGAGUGCGGGAAGGCUUUCCUGCAGAAGGCCCACCUCACUGAGCAUCAGAAGAUCCACACUGGAGACAGACCCUUUGAGUGCAAAGACUGCGGGAAAGCCUUCAUCCAGAGCUCAAAGCUGUUGCUGCAUCAGAUCGUCCACACUGGGGAGAAGCCCUACGUGUGCAGCUACUGUGGGAAAGGCUUUAUACAGAGGUCCAACUUCCUUCAGCACCAGAAGACGCACACCGAGGAGAAGCUCCGCCAGUACAGUCAGCAUGGAACGGAUCUCACCUCACCCCCAGACUUUGUCCACCAGGAGGAUCUUUCCCUGAGCGAGACUUCCCUUCAUUUGGGAGAGGCAUCUACAGAUCAGGAAUGUCAUGCAGGUCACUUAUGAGACAGUCGCUCUUGGAGUCAGUAAGUGGUGCUUGGAAAUGGGCAUACUUAGUAUAUCUAUGGCCCCUAGGAUGUGGCUUGUCACAUUUCCCAAGUCACAGAUAGCCUGCUUGUGGUUCGGUCUGUCGUCUGUCACCAGGUCAGGAAAGCUGAGGUGAAAGACCCCCGGAGUGGGGAGACUCUCACUCAAGUCUCGGGAUAACACGAACCCCCAGGAACUCAUGAGAGACCGUCCUUGCUGCAAUCACACAAGGUUUAUUCACAGGACA